AUGAUAAGCCGUAGGCGGAUAUUGUCUCGCUCUCGAGAUGAACUCGAGAAUAUCGAGGAAGAAGAUGUUUGGUACCAGCGGGACAGACUCUUCAAGGACCACAUUCAAGAAGUUCUCCACAAGUGGGAACAGAUCGAUGAUGAAAUAUGGGCCAAAAUUAUCUGCAUGGAACGGAAUCGACGUGUCGCCAAAGCGUAUGCACGCGCCCCAGAACUCGAGAUUAAUGGGACCGGAGACGGGUUCGACGGUUUCAAGAUUGGUCUGAACGCGUUCGAUAAUCCGAUGCGCGACGAGAAAACGCACGAAACUAAGAAGAGGAUUGGCAUGGGCGCUCGGAUAACGAUGGACAAAUCGGGGAAUAUCGUCAUCAAGCGAAUCUCGAAAGCGUCGAUUUACGUCAACGGUGCUCAAGCUGGGGAGAACUCGUCGAUUUCGAAAGAAGUCAUCGAGAAUCGAGGUCAGCUAGAAUUCGACAAACCUGUAAAGCUCUUCGACAUGGAGAGAUUUCGCGCGAACGUCAUUCGUGAGAUGAAGAGGGGAUACCCCGACCGGAAAGCACUCGAGGCCCAAUGUAUUUCGUGCAUAAGUUUCGUCCGCGAUUACGCUGACGUCCUACAGGUUCCGGUGUGGGUGAUGGUGAUCAAUAUAGUCGCUUUAGACAUGCUCAAGAGCAAGCUGCCUCCUCAAUACGCGGUGCCGGCGGCGACCAAGCGUCAGAGUGCACCUAACCUGAUGUCGAUUUUCGACACGCCAGCUCGUGGCCGGGGCAACGAUGUCGAGGAUCCAUACACUGCGCUCCCCGGAGGAGCGUCGUCCUCGGGUUCUUCGGGUGGACACAACACGACGAAUUUGAAGCGUGACCGGGAUCGCGAUCCGCGACCUCCGAAGCUUCCUCCUAGGGAUCAUAAGGACAGAAAACCGAGGGUUCCUCGCGUAAGUACCCCUCAGCCGGACUACGAGGACACGUACGCUGGAGUUCCCGCGCAAACUCCGUCGAGGAAGAUUUCUUCGUCAUCCGGAAUCUACGACGAUCCCUACUACUGUGGGCUGAAGGCCAGGGUGCCUAAUUUCAAUCGAGAUUACAACUACAAUCGCAGAGAUCGUGAACGGCUGCAGAAAGACGCUAUCUAUGCGUACGCCUCAUCGAAUCACUCAUCGAAUUACCUCAACUCACUCUACGGAUUGCGCAAUAGAGAGAACGGAAUAUACCAGAGCGCAGACCACGACUACUCGAAAAUCUACGGAGUUCUCCCGCUGAGACAAAACUCAACAGCACAGAGUUCAAGCUCAUCUUCGUCGGCAGGCGCGACGCCCACGUAUUCGCAUGCUCGCGAAGUCUUCGUCGGAGAAUGGGAAUGAGGCAUAUGACAGAGUUGGAUUUUUCGAAGAAAAUCCGCGGGAUCGUUGGACGACAGGAUCAAACCGAGUCACUAGAUAGUCGUGAUUGUGUGCGUGCGCUAGUUCACAGCGUUCUCAUCCAGAAGCCGGACAUAGCAAGGGUUCACCGGACGAAUGUAUGAUGAAAACUAUCCGCGGCUUCUCUUCCACACGCCGAUGACGAGAACCGUACUUCUUCCGCGACAGUAAGAAGCUUUGAGUGAACGAACGACUCAUUCCGUGAGGGAACACUUGUAGAACGCGCCAUUUACUAAUAAUAAAAGAAGGUGAUUCAAU